CCCCCACUACAGAAAGGAUGUGGACACAUUGGAGAGAGCCCAGUGGAGGGCAAUGAAAAUGAUCAGGGGGCCAGAGCACAUGAUUUAUGAGGAGAGGCUGAGGGAACUGGGCUUAUUAAGUCUGCGGAGGAGAACCUGUCUACAGAGGAGGAGGAGAAUUUGUCAGCAGAAGAGGAGGAGGAGGAGCUGUCCAUAGACGAGGAAGAGGACUUGACCACAGAGAAGGAGGAGGAAGAAGAAGGUAAAGGAAGAGGAAGAGAAGGACGUGGCCUUGGUGGAGGAACAUCUGAUCAUGGAGCAAAAGGAAGAAGAGAAGGAUCUGGCCAUGGAGGAGGAAGAGGAGCACCUGCCUAUGGAGGAAGAGGAGAAGGCCCAGGCCACAGAGGAGGACAAGGAGGACCUGGACCAGGAGGAGGAGAAGGAAGAGGACCCAGUAAUGGAAGACGACGAGGAUGUGGCUAUGCAGGAGAAAGAAGAGAAGGAAGAGGAGGAUGGUGUUAAAUUGGAGAGGGUGCAGAAAAGAGUCACACAAAUGACCUGAGAGCUGGAGAAAAUGACCUACAGUGAGAGACUCAGAUUGUAGGUGGGUGAAAUUUAAUGGCCUGGAACAUUCAGGAGGUCAGAUGAGAUGAUCCAAUGGUGCCUUCUGGCCUUAAGCUCUAUGAAACUCGAUGAAGCAUCGCCUCCCUCCACCCCCCGGUCCGAUGUGCUUCACCGCACAGAAGGAUGGCCGGACAGCCUAGAAAGAUCCUGCUCCAAAGCGGCCCUGGUGGAGAAGACAGCGGUAAGAGUGAGAGAUGAGUGAGAGACGGCUGUGGGGACCUGGUGGGAGGGCAGGAGAUCUCGGACAAGGAAGGGGCUCCCCUGGGCAGGGCAUUGGAGGGGACAGCAGAGAGCAGGGAUUCCUGGGGCUGAGGUCUG